UAUCAUUAAUUCAACUAAGAAAUAACACUUGCUAGAUUAGUACCUAGCUUUAACUCUCUCAUCAGUUCAAAUCAAAUGGGUUCUGCUCGCAUAGCCUUCUUUGCCAUGUCAAUGAUUCUGGUUUCCUCAGUUGCCAUGGCUACUGAUCAUAUUGUGGGUGAUGACAAGGGCUGGACUGUUAACUUUAACUACACUCAGUGGGCUCAGGACAAGGUUUUCCGUGUGGGUGACAACCUUGUGUUCAAUUAUGACAAUGCGAAGCACAAUGUGUUCAAAGUGAGCGGUGCAUCUUUCAAGGAUUGCACCAUACCACCAGCAAAUGAAGCACUCACCACUGGAAAGGACGUCAUUCCAUUAACAACUGAAGGGAGGAAAUGGUAUAUUUGUGGCAAGGCUGAUCACUGCAUUGCUCGUCAAAUGAAGUUUGUGAUCAAUGUUGAAGCACAAGCUGCACCUGCUCCUUCUGCUGCUCACUCUAUGGUGUCAUCUGUCCUUGGGGUCAUCAUGUCAGCCAUGGUUGUCAUCACAGCUUUCUUUGCAUGAAAGAAAUGCAACUUCUGCAGCUGUAUUUUUGUUUUUGUUUUUAGAACAAGAGUUUGCACUAACUCACUAGCGAGAUGCAGCCAUAUUUGUUUUAGCUUGACGAUGAAUUAUGAUGAUUCUAUUUCUACUUUAGUGUAAUUUUAGUGUGAUCUAAAUUUCACAUCUAAACUUUAGUUUGGAAAAGAAAAUAAGAGUGUACCAAAAGCAAGGCACUUUUGCUAUAUGAGACUAUCUGAGCCAUUUCUAA